AUGGCGCCCAAAGCUCCAAUCGUCAAAUUCAACAAUGGAAACACAAUUCCCGCCAUCGGAUUGGGGACAUGGAAGUCGAAGCCGGGCGAGGUGACGCAGGCCGUGAAGGACGCCAUAGACAUCGGCUACCGUCACAUAGACUGCGCGUACGUCUAUGGCAACGAGAAGGAGGUUGGGGACGCGAUCACCGCCAAGAUCAAGGAGGGCGUGGUGAAACGCGAGGACCUGUUCAUCACCUCGAAGCUGUGGAACACUUUCCACCGGCCUGACCUGGUGCGCGGCGCCCUCCUCGAGACCCUGAAGAACCUCAACUUGGAGUACGUGGAUCUGUAUCUGAUACACUGGCCUCAAGCGUACAAGGAGGGCGGCGACCUCUUCCCGACGGACGAGUCGGGCAAGAUACAAUUUUCGGACGUGGACUACGUGGACACCUGGAAGGCCCUGGAGCCGCUGCAGAAGGAGGGGCUGGCGAGGAGCCUCGGGGUCUCCAACUUCAACUCGAAGCAGCUGGCCAGACUGCUGGAACACGCCACUAUUAAGCCCGUCACCAACCAGGUGGAGUGCCACCCUUACCUGACCCAGACGCGGCUGAAGCAGUUCUGCGAAGGACACGGCGUCACCAUCACGGCCUAUUCGCCGCUGGGCUCCCCGGACAGACCCUGGGCGAAGCCGGACGAGCCGCUGCUGCUGGAGGACCCCAAGCUAGCGGCCAUCGCCCAGCGCCUGGGCAAGACAGUCGCCCAGGUCCUCAUAAGGUACCAGGUGGAUCGCGGCAACGUGGUGAUCCCCAAGUCCGUGAACAGAUCCCGCAUCGAGAGCAACUUCCGCGUGCUGGACUUCCAGCUCUCCGACGAGGAGCUUCGCCUCAUCGACAGCUUCGACCGCAACGGCCGCUUCGUGCCGAUGACCGCAUCCCUGGGCCACAAGUACCAUCCGUUCGAAAACGACGAGUUU